AUGAACCGCUUUGAAGAACUUGUCGAUCUGCUGAGAGAAGCCCUCGGGGAGUCGUCGGGUCUGACGUCUGACGAUGUGGAUGUUGACGUCCUGAGUGACUCCAUGGCCCGAUACGUGUCCAACGACGCCGAGUGGUCCAAGUAUGCCCUCGCAGACGGGAGCAGAGGCUAUACCAGGAAUCUGGUCGACGAAGGCAACGGAAAGAGUAACCUUCUCGUGCUUGUUUGGACGCCCGGCAAAGGGAGUCCCAUCCAUGACCACGGCAACGCCCACUGCCUCAUGAAGAUCCUCAAGGGAGACCUGACCGAGACGCGAUAUGACUUUCCCGACGCAGCAAAACAUGAAGAAAUGAAGAUCAAAUCCCAAACUGUACAUGGAGAGAACGCCGUUGCAUACAUGGCCGACGAACUUGGCCUGCACCGUGUAUCAAACGAGGGUAGCGACUUCGCUGUCUCGUUACAUUGUGCGCAACACCCGCCCCCAAUGUAG